AUGGCGCCCCAGGACGAGCGCCGACGCGGUGAUCCGGCCGCCGGCGCCCCCGCGGCCGGGGACGAGGAGAACCUGCGGAGGCAACAGGAGCUGCAGCGGCGACAGGACGAGGAGGGCGCGCACAAGAAGGAGCUGUAUCCCAUGGUCAACUGGAAGUACGACCUGUUUCUAUACGUCAUCGGCAACCUCGUCGACCUCUUCUUCCGCGAGGUCGUGCCGCGGGGUUCAUGGCGGGUUCCGCAGUCAGGCCCGGUGCUGUUUGUCGCCGCGCCGCACGCGAACCAGUUUGUCGACGCGCUCAUCCUCCAGCGCACGUUGCGGCACGAGGCCAACCGCCGGGUGUCGCUGCUCAUCGCGCAAAAGUCGGUCCACGGCUUCAUCGGCUGGGGCUCCCGCCAGGUCGGCUCCGUGCCCGUCGGGCGCGCGCAGGACUCGGCCAAGCCGGCGACAGGCCGGAUCUACCUGCCGGACCCCAUCAACGACCCGACGCUGAUCCGCGGCGUGGGCACCAAGUUCGGCGAGGGAGAGGGAGAGGUGCAGGGAAUGCUCUUCCUCCCGCCGGGCAAGAAGACCACGGGCGCGAGCGUCGACAUUGCGCAGAUCAUCGGCCCCGAGGAGGUUCGCAUCAAGCGGCCCUUCAAGGGCAGGCUGGCCAUGCAGCAACUCACCGGGCGCGACGACGUCGACGCCGAGGGCCGCUUCACCAACACCAAGCUCAAGGGCCCGGCGCCGGGCUUCGAGGGCACAAAGUACAAGCUGGCGCCUCACAUCGACCAGACGAGCGUCUACGAGGCCGUGUUCGCGCGGCUGCGGAGCGGGGGCUGCGUGGGCAUCUUCCCCGAGGGCGGCAGCCACGACCGCACCGAGCUGCUCCCGCUCAAGGCGGGCGUGGCCAUCAUGGCGCUGGGGGCGCUGGCCGAGUCGCCCAACUGCGGGCUCAAGAUCGUGCCCGUGGGCAUGAACUACUUCCACCCGCACAAGUUCCGGUCGCGGGCCGUGGUGGAGUUUGGGGCGCCGUUUGAGAUCCCGCAGCACCUCGUGGAGCUGUACCGCAACAACCAGCGGCGCGAGGCCAUCGGGCAGGUGCUGGACACGGUGUACCAGGCGCUCAGCUCGGUGACGGUGUCGGCGCCCGACUACGACACGCUCAUGAUGAUCCAGGCGGCGCGCAGGCUGUACAACCCGACGGGCAAGAAGCUGCCGCUGCCGGUGGUGGUGGAGCUCAACCGACGGCUGGCCAUGGGGUACGAGCGGUACAAGGACGACGAGCGCAUCUCGGCGCUGUCGGGGGCGGUCAAGGAGUACAACUCGCAGCUGCGGUACCUCAACCUCAAGGACCACCAGGUGCAGUACGGCCGGAUGUCGAUCCUCAAGGUGCUGUUCCUGUUCGUGUACCGGUCGGCCAAGCUGCUGGUGCUGUUCCUGUGCACGGUGCCGGGGCUGCUCAUGUUCGCACCCGUCUUCGUGGCGACCAAGAUCAUCAGCCGCAAGAAGGCCAAGACGGCGCUGGCGGGCUCGACGGUCAAGAUCCGCGGGCGCGACGUGAUGGCGACGUGGAAGAUCCUGGUGGCGCUGGGGCUCGCGCCGACACUGUACCACCUGUACUCGAUCCUGGUGGUGCUCAAGGUGUGGCAGGACCGGGCGUGGGGUUACGUGCCCGGGUGGGUGCCGCUGUGGCUCGUGUACCUGGCGGUGUGGCCGGUGUUCAUCGGCAUCGCGUUCGCGGCGCUGCGGUUCGGCGAGGUGGGCAUGGACAUCUUCAAGUCGCUGCGGCCGCUGGUGCUGUGCCUGGUGCCGACGUCGACGUUCAACAUCCACAAGCUGCGGGUGCGGCGGGCGGAGCUGAGCGCGCAGGUGACGGACCUGAUCAACGAGCUGGGGCCCGAGAUGUUUCCCGACUUUGACAAGACGCGGCUGGUGCCGGACGUGUCCAAGGUGGAGGGCGCGGGGGCGCAGACGGCGGACGGGCCUCGACAUCACCGACGGACCGACAGCGACCAGUCGAGCAGCGGCGCCGGCUUCGCGGCCGAGGUGGAGUCGCCGCCGGCGCUGUCGCGGCGCAGCACGACGCAGUCCAGCCGGGCGCUGCCGCGCAACGACUCGUUCAGCAACAUUGGCAAGAUUGGCAUCUUCUCGACGCGCCCGCCGUCGCGGUCGCGCAGCCGGUCGCGGUCGAGCAGCGCGGGCGGCGGCUUCGGGUCCGGGGCGUUUCCCAUCAGCGGCUUCACGACGCUCGACUCGGCCGAGGGGUUCAACGAGGCGAGCCGCAAGAUCCGCGAGGCGAUGAAGGAUCGGAGGCGCAAGUCGGACCAGGUGCGGAUGCGGACCGGCGGCGGCGGCGACGAGGAAGGCGAAGAGGAGGGAGAGUACGGGGCGGACAGCGAGGUGGACGAAGAGUACGACGAGGCGCGCAAGAAGAACGUCUGA